GCCGCCGCCGCGUUGCAUUGUGGGACACAAACAAAGUGCCCGGCUAGGCUAGGCUAGGCUGGCGUGAGAGAGAGAGCAGCGGGCGGGGGGAGGCGGAGGAGGGAGAGGAACGCGAGCGCCUGGGCCCCCCGCGCGCCAGCCAGCCCGCCCGCUCUCGCGUGAGUGGCCCCGCGCCUCCUCCCCACCGCGCCUGCGUCGGGGCGCGCGGGCCUCCUGCCUGCCUCUCUCUCUCCUUCGCCCCCCUCCCCUUCUCAGUCUCAACGCCCGCGGCGCGAGCCCGACGGCUACGAUGGUGGCGGCGGCGGCGACGGCGGCCGCCAUGGCCCAGCAGGGGCCUAGACGCGGGCCGAGUUAGGAGGAGGAGAAGGGGGCGGCGGCGGCGGCGGCUGAGGCCCGGGCAGGAGGAACACCGAAGGCAGGCUCGGCCUCUCGCCGCUUCGCGCGAUCUAUAGAGACUUAGACAUACGCCUACCGCGCCCGGAGAAGGGGAGGGCCUCACCAAGAGAGCAGACUGGCUUUGGCUGUAACUUAAUCACCUGCUCUGUGUAGGCUGACUUCAACAGUCCACCAUCCCACCACGUGUCUUCAUUUUAUUUUCUGCUUCAAACAACAUGCUGUCAACUUGGAGUAGUUUGCCUUGUCCUCUGGCAUUUACACACCCUUCUUUCACACACACCUUACCCACACUGCCCUCCCUCCUUGCAUUUGGCUGUAUAUUCUCUCUAGUGAUGGCACACCCACAUUACAACUAUUCUUUCAUCUACGUGAUCACUUCCACAAAGAUGAAGCACAGGUCAGUUUUGAUCUCUCAUAUUGUGGAUAUUGUCAAAAAGGAAAAAAUGGGCGUCAAAACAUUUACCCACAAUUCCCCUGCUCACAGCCAGGAGAUGCUUGGGAAGCUUAACAUGCUGCGUAAUGAUGGACAUUUCUGCGACAUCACCAUUCGUGUCCAAGACAAAAUCUUCAGAGCACACAAAGUGGUACUGGCAGCCUGCAGUGAGUUCUUCCGUUCCAAGCUGGUCGGCCAAGCAGAAGAUGACAGCAAAAGCGUCCUCGAUUUGCAUCAUGUGACGGUGACUGGCUUCAUGCCGCUCCUGGAAUAUGCUUACACAGCAACAUUGUCUAUUAACACAGAAAAUAUUAUUGAUGUCUUGGCUGCUGCUAGCUAUAUGCAAAUGUUCAGUGUUGCUAGCACCUGUUCCGAGUUCAUGAAGUCGAGCAUUUUAUGGAACACGCCUAGUAGCCAGCAAGAAAAGGUGCUAGAUACAGGACAGGAAAACAGUGCAAACUGUAAUUUUACCUCUCGAGAUGGCAGCCUUUCUCCAGUUUCUUCAGAGUGCAGUGUGGUAGAUAGAACCAUUCCUGUUUGCAGAGAGUCGCGGCGGAAGCGCAAAAGCUACAUAGUUAUGUCACCAGAAAGUCCGCUUAAAUGUAGCACUCAGACAAACUCCCCGCAGAUUCUGAAUCCUUCCGCUUCCUAUGCAGAGUCCAGAAGUCAUCCUGUAGACUCUUCCUUAGCUUUUCCUUGGACUUUUCCUUUUGGAAUUGAUCGGAGACUUCAGCCGGAGAAAGUGAAACAAGUAGAGAAUUCUCGGACUCUAGAAGUGCCUGGUCCAUCCGAAGCAUCCAGGAGAAUUGCUGAUUACGUGACUUGUGAGAGCACAAAGGCCAGCUCACCCCUGGUGAUUGAAGAAGAUGUGCGUGUCAAAGUGGAAAGGUUAAGUGACGAGGAAGUUCACGAGGAAGUAUCCCAGCCUGUCAGUGCAUCCCAAAGUUCUCUGAGUGAUCAGCAGACAGUUCCAGGAAGCGAACAAGUUCAGGAGGACCUUUUGAUCAGCCCACAGUCAUCUUCUAUAGGUUCAAUAGAUGAAGGGGUCACUGAGGGACUGCCAACACUCCAGAGUACCUCUGGCGGCAAUGUUCAUGCAGAUGAUGAUGACAGAUUGGAGAAUGUCCAAUAUCCUUACCAGCUCUAUAUUGCUCCUUCAACCAGUAGCACAGAGAGACCCAGCCCAAAUGGCCCUGAUAGACCUUUUCAGUGUCCAACUUGUGGUGUUCGAUUCACCCGUAUUCAGAACUUAAAGCAGCACAUGCUCAUCCACUCAGGCAUUAAACCAUUUCAGUGUGACCGUUGUGGGAAAAAGUUCACCCGGGCUUAUUCGCUAAAGAUGCAUCGCCUGAAGCACGAAGGUAAACGCUGUUUCCGGUGCCAGAUAUGUAGUGCCACUUUCACUUCCUUCGGGGAAUAUAAACACCACAUGCGGGUUUCCCGGCACAUUAUCCGCAAGCCUCGGAUUUACGAGUGCAAAACAUGUGGCGCCAUGUUCACCAACUCUGGAAAUUUAAUCGUUCAUCUGAGGAGUCUGAACCAUGAAGCGUCAGAGCUAGCAAACUACUUCCAGAGCAGUGAUUUCCUAGUACCGGACUACUUAAACCAAGAACAAGAAGAGACCCUCGGCCAGUAUGAGCUAGGAGAGCAUGGAUUUGAAAGCAGCUCCUCUGUCCAAAUGCCUGUCAUUUCGCAGGUCUCCUCAACGCAGAAUUGUGAAAGCACUUUCCCCUUGGGGCCUCUGGGUGGGUUGGCAGAGAAGGAGGAAGACAUGCCAGAGCAGCCAAAGACUAUUGCAAGUGCCGAGGCCAGCCGAGAUGACCCCCCGAAACCGGGGCUCUCGUCUAUUACUAUUGAAUAAGUCAAAGUUUGGUUUCAUUUUUGUCUUUUUGGAAAGUGCCUGUGUUUGGUCUUGUACAUUUUAAUUUAAUUUUUCUGAAGGGGGGAGAAUGUACCCCUUUUUUAUUUUAAGCUAUGCUGUUAAAACCAUAAAUUGCAACAGAUGUUACACUAUUUUUCACGACCAAACGGUCACUUCUGUGGAAAGAUUUUAAGGCUGAAUGCACCGUAAGGUUCUGUCAGAACAUCACAUGCACUUCUAAAGAAAAGCCAAGCGCACACGAGCAACAUCUGUAGUUUCUGAUUCUGCAGUUAGAAGUAAUCACUAAAGGAUUGGUUUUUUUGGUUUUUCCCCACCCUGUUUUUGCAGAAGUGUUGAAGCUCUUCAAAUGAUGCAGAGUACACAUCAAAAAUCAAGUACUGAACAGUCAGAUGGUUAGCUUUGCUAGACAGUUUUGGGUAUUGCUGCUUAGAAAGAAUUACUUUGGUCUCGCUGAUUAUUAGCUUUAGCAAAGGAAGGAGAAACAUUCCCAGGUAUGCUCACCUUGUGGUACGCGACUCCUUGUAGAAACUGCUCAUGACAACAGAUUUAUCCGGAUCUCUAUUCUCUGAAGUGGUACAUAAAAUAUAAAGCAUUGUAGCGCUAUUUAACAACUUGAGAUAGCAGAAAAGUAUAACAAGGAGAAAGAUUACAAAAACAAGAGCUUUUGCACAUUAAUGUGCAUUAAUGUACUCUUUUGUGGUUAUACAUCGAUGUAUGUAUUUAACUGCAGUUUUAUUGGGCAGUCUUAGAUAAAACAAGCAAUUUAUUUUCUUUUAGAGGCCAAGUUUCUAACCCAAUAGAGGUUGUUUACGAAAUGCCUGUUUGCAAUGAUUUUUUUAAAAUGUUCCUAUUCUAAAACAUGUUUAUACCCUUGCCAAACUGGCUCCAUAAAAGCCAUUAUUCUGGCUACAUACAGAACUCCAGAAAGCAAUAAUCUGAAAGACUCACCAUUUUUUUCUCCCCACCCCCCCACCCCACCCCAAUUUUAUAAAAGGUUGUAAACAUACAAGAGGGCAUUUUCAGGCCAGCAGUUUUCCAUUUUGUUGCCAACAUCUCCUGAUGAGGGUAUGGCUUAGAAAUUUAAAUAAGUUAUAUUCUUUUUUUGCUCACUCAGUUUUGAGCAUCUUCAAACAUCUGAGCCUCAUAAUUCACCUCAGCAGAGUUGUCAGACUUGGUCCCCACCCAGAUUUUGUUGGACUUCAGCUCCCAGUAUCCCCAGCCACAAUGGCCAAAGGUCACAAUGGAUUGUGGGAGCUGAAGUCCAACAACAUCUGGGGACCCAGGUUUGAGAACCCUUGACCCAAUGCUUUUUUUAAUUAAAAAGGGUGUGUGUGUGUGUGAGAGAGAGAGAGAGAGAGAGCUGUAUCUGAGGAGGUGCCAGUGUCUUGACUUUUACAUUAUCUUCAAACUGAGGGUAAAAUAGAAAAGGGCUAAUGCGGGGGGCACCCCGUGAGUAACUGCAGAGGUCAGAUUGUAGGCUUGAUAGUUCAUGCAACAAUCACUGAAGUCUGUGGGAAACUGCAGAAGUCAUCGUUUCAAAUAAAUGUGAUGUUUCUGCUAGUAAUAAAUAGGAGAACGUUUCUGGUGCUUCUCUGCUACUCUCGUAAAGGGCUUUCCAGACUGAUAACUAACAAAGUUUAAAGUGUCCUGUUAAAUAGAGUUUUCUUCCCAUUCAUUUUAGAUUUUUUUUAAAAAGUUUUAAAUCUCUCUUCCAGAUUAGUUAAGAUAAUGUUUUCAGCAGGGGAUUUCCUACCUGAAGCUCUUUCCCUGUUUUCAGGACUAUAGACCUAUAUAAAAUGCAUCAUUUGUCUCCACUCAGAGGGGCUGGGAGGAGUGCAAAUCAGUUACAUUGGCUGUAGAACUUUUGGGCUGUCCAUUUCUUUUAAUCCCAUAAAUGCAGUAUGAAACUGGCUUGAACGAAAGCAAUUAAAUGUGUGUGCUUUUUUGUCCUGUAGUCCACUAUGAGGAAUAGUUUGCUAGAACAAAGUAUAUAUUUUAAUAUGUGCAAAUGUAGAGCAGGUGAUCUACAGGAACAAGUUUUAAAUCUUCUGAAAACUGCUUUCUGAAAAUGUAAUGUUAAGGAAAACACUACAAGGAGACAUACAUAAUUCUGCUUGACCUCAAGUUUAUGCUUAUGGUCCUUACGAAAGGGUAAAAGUGAACAUGGUUACUGUUUGCAUGAACCAUGGGCUACUGUCUUGUGUCACGGUAGAUAAUUCCACAUCUUGUCGUAUUUAUUCAGUAUUUUUUAAGCCUCAGCCCCUUACAGGAUCAGUUCACGAUUAUCUGUUUCACAGAGAGAGGUGCUUUUGUUUUGUACAUAUACAUGUUACCUGUUAAAGGAAUACCCCCUGUCCAUAGAUCUACCUACCAAAAGUAUCUACUGGUUUUUAUCCUUUGACAUUCUGCAAAUGUUCCCUUGUUGAGUCACAGAGAGACUUCAGUUGUUUUAAAUGAAAUACUGUGGGAGAAUGUUUCAGGGUCUAAAUGCUGGCUACAUAUUAACCCCUUUACACAUGUUCUUAACUUGAGAAUGCAGCCCUGCUUCUUUCAAAUUAAAAACAUCCAGGUAUGUAUGCUUGAUUGAUUGAUUAAGUGCUGUCAAGUUGGUGUCGACUCUUAGCGACCACAUAGAUAGAUUCUCUCCAGGAUGAUCUAUCUUCAACCUGGCCUUUAAGGUCUCUCAGUGAUGCAUUCAUUGCUGUCAUCACUGAGUCCAUCCACCUUGCUGCUGGUCAUCCUCUUUUUUCCUUCAAUUUUCCCCAGCAUUAUGGACUUCUCAAGGGAGCUGGGUCUUUGCAUAAUGUGUCCAAAGUAGGACAGUUUGAACCUGGUCAUGUAUGCUUAGACCUGCAGAAUAAGGAAGGAAUAAGCAUGACAUAUUUUAAGUCAGGGUGCAGCUGGAGGCCCAUGGAGUGCAUUUGGCCCCCAAAAGAAUUCUAUCUGGCUCCUAAAAGCAUGAGCCUGCUGGCCAGUGCUGUGAAAAAGCCACUUCCUCCUCCAAGCCUGAGUCAAGUUAAAAGCCAUGCAUAAAGUGGUUAAUGUGUUAGACAUCCACCUCCAUUUAGACCCUUCGCUCAUCUACCCUGAGCUCUUAAAAGAGAAUGAUCUCUUCAAGGAAGAUGGUUGCCCCAGUGUUCCUUUGCAGAUAACAUGAAUGAACCAACCCCGGUUAGCUGGAUGCUAAAGUGUAUGGCCCCCUAGGUAUAAAAGGCUGGCUAUCUGUCCUCUAAAUUACAUUAAACGUCAGCAUAUUCUGUUCUGUCCAAGGCAUCACCUUUUGUGGGCAAAAUAAUGUUUCUAGUGCAAGAUAGUCAAAUUGGAUUUAUUGUGGUGAUGCAGUGGAAUUAUUGGAAGCAACUGUUGGAUGUUUGGUUACAAUCCAAGUUCAUAUAGAAGUCUAAUGGGGACUAUUUAUGUGAUAUAAUGCCCCAAGUCUCAGAAUGUCCUGUACCACCUUUCCCUCUGUGAUUCAUGUGUAUUGGCAGGAGGUGAGGGUUGUAAUAAGGUGGAGAGUGUGCGUUCCCAUUUGGAAUUCAGAAAGAGUGAAUACCUCUCGCUGUUAUUUCUUCCUUUCUCUUACAGAAUGAGGAGAAGCUGCUCACUGUGGUGAGGACUUAAACGGUGCUGUUUAGUUUUGGUUUUUAUGUGUUGACACAUUAUACCUACUAACGUCUGUAGAGAGUGUGUAUAGGUUGGCGAUGAGAUUAUGUUCCCCCAAACAGUGUCAGUUUCAUGUAGCAUAACAUCUUCCUCUCACCAGCUAAUAGCUUGUUUCCCUUCUGGAAGUCAGUUUGACCUCUCAGGCUGACCAGUGUUACGGUCACCAUUCUACUGCUGGGCAUAAUAUCAGCUGAGUCUUUGAGAAUAGCUCUAGUUUGGGCACUUAUCCUUAGUCCACAAAGUGUAAGUGUGAAUUUUGAUUUUUCAAGCAACCAGUGUCAGUGUAGCAAAAAUAUAUAAAUAUAUAUAUUAUAUUAUAUUUUAUGAAGCUAUAGUCCCUAGGCCCCCAAAGAGAUUGAAAUAGUAUUUUUUUAACAAUGCAUUUGCAAAAGAAAUUUAAAUAGUGGCUUUGGCCAGUUUUGGGGGGUUACUAAUUUUUCUUCACCAGCCUCGGGAUAGUAGAGGGUUAGACCCCGCCCCUACCUCCCCUGCCCCUUUCUCAGAGUCUGAAGAACUCGGUGUGCCAGAAAUGGUUUGGAUGGCAUUUGUUAUGAAGGAGUGGCCAUUUUUGCUCCUUGGUUGCCUUUCUGCAGAAGGCAAGGCUUGCUUUUCUUAUCCUGAUAACUAACAGACAGAACCAAGUGUUGUUGCAGUUACUGACCUAAGGCCUUGUCGGAACAUGCAGUGCCUACCUGGAUGGAGGGUUGUGUUCUGCCUUUCCACAAGGCUUUGGCGCUGAUAUACGGCCAGGAAGCGGGAUAGAAAUAGAAGAAAUCCAUAAAUAAAUAGAGCUCAUCAGUAGCAUAAAGCUAGUAUUUACACAAAGUUGAUAUUAAUCUAUUUUUAAAUGCAAGAAUAACCGGUUUUUAAAAAGUAAAGACUCUGGUGUGUUUUUUAUUUUAGUUCUCUGUACGGUUUCAGAGUACUUCAGUGGGUCUUACAAAGCUCGCUCAGCGGUGUGGCUGCAUUACAGGUGCUUUCUUGAAGCCCUGCUGUGACCUCUUGUCUGCAGGAUUUAGACACACCUCCCAACUGGUGGUUUGGCGCUGUCUGGUUUAGGAUGUCGCAUGCUGCCGAUUCUUCCGACUACAGCUGUGGCCCACAGAAGCCUGAGGGUGCUUUCUGGCCCUACUUUUGCAGUGCUGCCUGUCUCUGGGCCUUUGGUAGAAACCGUAAAGGGGGAGGGAGUCGAGCUAGAAACAGAAGCACGAAUCUCCUUCUGGAGGGGCUCUCCAGCCACAGCGUGACCCUCCCUCUCCCUUUUAACUGUACCAGUCUUCAGUCACCAGCUGCCAUCUCAUAGAGCUUCUCUUGUCCGUGCCGACCACAGCUAGGCUACUUGGCAUGUUUAUUGACUUAAUGGGAAAAAAAUGUUUUUUGAGUUUGGUUGUUUUGUUUUGUUUUUUAAAUGUUGAAAUACACUUUGCAUUUUAUAUACUAUAUCUGGCUAUUAGUAUUUUUCAGGAACCCAUAGUUCUUGGUGGCUAUAUAUAUAUAUAUUUUUGUGACUUUUUGUAAACUAAAGUGCCGUUUCACUGUUACAAUCAUUUUUAGAGUUCUUGUAAUCAAUGUGAAUAUCAUGGUUUUUUCAAAUCUGUUCUGAGCCUGUAGUGUUCGCUUUUGUGAUUCUCUGUGUAAUGUAUAUAUUCUGUAUAGUUACAUUGUACUGAAAUAUUAGCUUGUUUGAUAUAAGAAGAAUAUGUAUUGGGUACCUUUUUUGCUAGCCUGGUUGUUUAAUCUUUAAAAAAACUUUCAAAAAUUAAAAAAAAUCUCCAGACUGGUCCCAUUAUAAGUCAAAAUUAAGAGCGAAGAAAAACUAGUUUUGAGUGUCUUUGGAUAGAAACAUGAUGCUUUUUCAUUAAAAUAUUAAUGUUUUAUGGAGUAA